CCGCCCGCCUGUGCUUGUGCCUCAGGGGCCGGACCGGCCUCCGCCGUGGCCUCGCGGGGCUUCUUCUCUCGGCUGGCCAUGAAGAGCCUGCCGUACUUCUGCCGCGGGGAGGUGGUGCGCGGCUUCGGCCGGGGCUCCAAGGAGCUGGGCAUCCCCACAGCUAACUUUUCUGAGGAAGUGGUUGAUAGCUUCCCAUCUGAUAUCUCUACUGGCAUAUACUAUGGCUGGGCUUCUGUUGGAAAUGGAGAUGUGCAUAAAAUGGUUGCGAGCAUAGGCUGGAAUCCAUAUUAUAAGAAUGUUAAAAAAUCAGUGGAAACACACAUCAUUCACACCUUCGCAGGAGACUUCUAUGGAGAAAUACUUAGCAUAAUUAUUGUUGGAUACAUAAGACCAGAAAAAAACUUCAGUUCUUUAGAUGCACUAAUAGCAGCUAUUCAAGAUGACAUUGAAGAAGCUAAGAAAAAACUAGACUUGCCAGAACACCAGAAAUUAAAAGAAGACAACUUCUUCCACACUACUACUGUUACCAACCUAGUUAAUGGUCAUUGAGUGAUGCCACUCCUUAAUUUUCACUGUAUAUUGCACUAAUUUUAGUGGCUGUCCUUUAGAGAAAAAAAAUCUGUAACCAGUAUUCCUGUGGUUUAAGAUUUCUGCUUGUAUUGGUAUUGAAUUAAAGUAGUUAGGCAAAAGUAACUUUUAUUAGUCUACAUAUUAUAAUGGCAAGUUAGGAAAAAGGUUUCACCAUACCCAGGGCAAUGUGUACACACUGUUACUAUUAGUAGGUCAUCCAAGGCUCAGAAACAGUUUUCUUAAUGUUGACUGGUAAUUUGUAAAUGUUUCUAAUGAUGGUUAGCUAAUCUUUAAAUGAGCAUCGUUUUCUGAUUUUAAAGGUCAGAGCAAUCAUGCCAGACGCUCUUGUUGUGAGGGAAAUACAAUGGUAAAGUAGACUUCUCUUUUGGAUACUUGGUUUUUAUUUGGUACAUAAUUAAAAAUGGGUGGCAUCCAGGGGAAAACUAGUCACAUUUCAGGAUUUAUGUUGUGCCAUUGAUUUUAAUGAGACUUCAAAACAGCAUUUUUAUAUACUUAUAAUAGAGUUUGUCUACUGUACUUGAUUCUCAAAUAGGGUGCAAAGACCCUGGUUUCCAGAGAAGCAUUUGAAACCAGAUAAAUCAAAAACUUUUAAAUAACAAAUAUUCUUUUCUUUAUUGUAGAAUGAUUAAAAACACAUUUCAGUCUUUGUCUCACCAUAUCUAUGCACAACGUAACUUUUACAAAAUGGAUUGUAAAAUAAAUGGAGAUUUCAGUGAUGAA